AUGCAACAGAUUUCGGGGCGGAGCGGACGGUACUACUUCUCGCGAUCCAACCUCUUCCGGUCCUCUUUCCAGCUUCCCGUGCAACAUGAAUUAUUGAGGUUUAUUUGUCAAGCUGUAAUUUUUAACGCUUUUCUAACUCUGGCAUUUGUAUUACAGACCAAGAAGAGAAGGAAUAACGGUCGUGCCAAGAAGGGCCGUGGCCACGUGCAGCCCAUUCGCUGCACCAACUGUGCCCGAUGUGUCCCCAAGGACAAGGCCAUCAAGAAGUUUGUCAUCAGGAACAUAGUGGAGGCUGCGGCCGUGAGAGACAUCACAGAGGCCAGCGUCUUUGACUCUUAUGUUCUGCCCAAGCUCUACGUGAAGCUGCACUACUGUGUGAGCUGUGCCAUCCACAGUAAAGUGGUGAGGAACCGCUCCUGUGAGGCCAGGAAAGACCGCACCCCACCACCCAGAUUCAGGCCCGCUGCUGGUGCACCAAGAGCCCCUCCAAAGCCCAUGUAAAGCAGAAUUUGAAUAUGCUGUUGACCUGAAGAAUAAAUUCAAAAGUCUUUACAAAAA